GUUGCGGAAGCGAGAGCCCGCGGCUGCGGGCGCCGGGUCCCAAGGCAUGGCGGGGGCGGGGCCGGGGACGGCGCGCGCCCAGCAGGCCGGGGUGUCCCUUGCCCCAGCCCUUUGAUCCCGGACCGGACAGAGAUGUGAUAAUGGAUCAUCAUGUUUCCACCAUCAAACCUCGAAGAAUCCAAAACCAAAAUGUCAUUCACCGCCUGGAACGCCGGCGGAUCAGCUCGGGCAAGGCAGGUACCCACUGGCACCAAGUCCGGGUGUUCCACCAGAAUGUCUUCCCCAACUUCACUGUCGUCAACGUGGAGAAGCCACCUUGCUUCCUGCGUAAGUUCUCCCCUGACGGACGCUACUUCAUCGCUUUCUCUUCCGACCAGACGUCUCUGGAAAUCUACGAGUACCAGGGCUGCCAGGCCGCCGAGGACCUCCUGCAGGGCUACGAGGGGGAGAUUCUGGCCAACGGCAACGACCAGCGGUCAGUCAACAUCCGCGGCCGGCUCUUCGAGCGCUUCUUUGUCUUGCUGCACAUCACCAACGUGGCGGCCAACGGCGAGCACCUGAACCGGGAGUGCAGCCUCUUCACGGACGACUGCCGCUGCGUCAUCGUGGGCUCAGCGGCCUACCUGCCGGACGAGCCUCACCCUCCCUUCUACGAGGUGUAUCGGAACAGCGAGUCCGUGACCCCCAACCCCCGGUCCCCCCUGGAGGACUACUCCCUCCACAUCGUUGACCUCCACACCGGCCGCCUGUGUGACACGCGCACCUUCAAGUGCGACAAGGUGGUCCUGUCGCACAACCAGGGGCUGUACCUGUAUAAGAACAUCCUGGCCAUCCUGUCGGUGCAGCAGCAGACCAUCCACGUCUUCCAGGUGACCCCCGAGGGCACCUUCAUCGACGUGAGGACCAUCGGCCGCUUCUGCUACGAGGACGACCUGCUCACCGUGUCGGCUGUGUUCCCCGAGGUGCAGCGGGACAGCCAGACAGGCAUGGCCAACCCUUUCAGGGACCCCUUCAUUAACUCCCUGAAACACCGGCUGCUAGUUUACCUGUGGCGCCGGGCAGAGCAGGACGGAAGUGCCAUGGCCAAGAGGCGCUUCUUUCAGUAUUUUGACCAGCUGCGGCAGCUGCGCAUGUGGAAGAUGCAGCUUCUGGAUGAAAACCACCUGUUUAUCAAGUACACCAGUGAGGACGUGGUGACCCUGCGAGUCACAGAUCCGUCGCAGGCGUCUUUCUUUGUGGUGUACAACAUGGUGACAACAGAGGUGAUCGCUGUGUUUGAGAACACAUCAGAUGAGCUUUUGGAGCUCUUCGAGAACUUCUGUGAUCUCUUCCGGAACGCUACCCUGCAUAGUGAAGUCCAGUUUCCCUGCUCAGCUUCCAGUAACAAUUUUGCACGGCAGAUCCAGCGCCGGUUUAAAGACACUAUCGUCAACGCCAAGUACGGAGGACACACGGAGGCCGUUCGCCGGCUGCUGGGCCAGCUCCCCAUCAGCGCCCAGUCCUACAGCGGCAGCCCUUACCUUGACCUGUCUCUCUUUAGCUACGACGACAAGUGGGUGUCAGUCAUGGAGCGGCCCAAGACUUGCGGGGACCACCCUAUCAGGUUCUACGCCCGGGACUCUGGUCUGCUGAAGUUUGAGAUUCAGGCGGGCUUACUGGGCCGCCCCAUCAACCACACGGUGCGACGCCUCGUUGCCUUCACCUUCCACCCUUUCGAGCCUUUUGCCAUCUCUGUGCAGAGGACUAAUGCUGAGUAUGUUGUCAACUUCCACAUGAGACACUGCUGCACGUAGCCUCACCAUGGGUCAUGUGGAAUCUUAGUUCCCCCACCAGCAAUUGAACCCCACCCCCUGCAUUGGAAGGCGGAGUCUUCACCGGAUCACCAGCGAAGUCCCUGAGAAGGAACAUUUCUAUGAGCUCCUGAAGAGAAGAUUCAGGGAGGGGCAGGCAGCAAGUGCCAAGGUCAGAGAAAGAUAAGGGAUACGAAAUGAACAUGUAAUUGCUGAGGUGCCAUUGUCUUCUAGAUUUCUAUUUAUAAUUUUCCAGUAAGUAAGCCCCUUUUAAGAAGGGGAAAAAAAAUGCUCAAUAAAAAUUGAAUACCUGCAAAUGGAAACUUGGGAAAAAUUACCAAAACAAAAUCAAAUGGCAAAUAACAACCCGUUUGUCAAAGGAUUGAUUUCCUUACUUUAAAAACAUUUAAAAUAUUGACUAUAGUUCUUUGUGCUACACAGUAAACCUUUGUUGCUUGUUGCAUAUCUGUUUUUUUUUUUUUUUAAUUAGAAAUCUAGCAUUCUUUUCAUUCUAAGUCAAACAAAAAGAUGAACUAUGAACCAAAGAAAAAAUGGGCCCAGCUUGUUCACAGAAAAAAUAAAUGCAUGGUCAAAAACUAUAUGAAAAAUGUUUAUAAUAUUUAUUUUUCACCGAUCAGAUUAGCAAAGGUUAAACAUAUUUGAUGACCCAGUAUUGUCAAGAAGGUAGGGUGCGCUCAUCCACUGUUAGUGGGAGAGAAAGUUGAUUCAGAUUUCUUAAAAGACAAAGAGCAGCGUCUUAAUAA